GCUGUUGCCUGUAAGUCCCUUUCAGGGUUUUAGGUAGAAUGAUCCUUACCCACACUACCACUGAUGCUAUAAUAUAAUGGCUGAAGAGAGAGAAGUGUUUCAAAGACAGCCUGCCAGGGCGGUGCUGAUAGACUUCACACCACCUAUCACCCUGGACACCCUCACCAACAUCCAGCAGUCACUAAGCAAUACCCUAUCUCUCCUGACUCAUCUCUCAGGGGGUCAUGUCAGAGUCCCCUACAUCAGUCUCAUUGUACUCGGCAACUAUCCAGAGGCAAUUUACCCUCUACAACCGCUGAAGGGUAAUACUACUCGUCUGACGUCAGCCAUAAAAGAACUGGGCUCUCUUGCACGGAACAUGGUUGCUAGACAGCGUCCAACCAGAGGCUGUCUCCUGGAGGGUUUACAGGAAGCACUGGCACAAUUCAACAGACUCUCUCAGACCUAUAGACAGGGUCCUGGCAGUGCAAACCUUCCCUCUCAGAUAGAAAUCACUUUAUUGACGGCCAUGAGCCCUUUGAAAAUGAGCUCAAUGGUGGGGAGGACGACCGAUCAUCUUGACCUACAGCACCUCAAGAUAAUCAAUGGUGUGUGUGUGAGUGACCCGGACCGGCUAGUCAUGAGUGACGGCCCUGGGAGUGUAGAGGAAGGCGGGCUGGACCAUCACAGCCCACCUGACUUGGGUCUGAGCAUGUUGGAGGUGGUAUCCAUUGACAACGAUGUACUUAACCUGCAGAGUGUGUUUCAGGGCUGGCUGCGAGACUGUAGCACUGACAGUGAGCACCUGCACUUGUCUCUACCCCCUACACUGCAAGGCCUGACAGGGUCUGAUGGUUUGUCCUCACAGCUUUCCCUCAAGUGUGACCUUCACGAGAGACUAUUGGACCCUCUACUGUUAGGAGGAGGCAUCGGACAAAAGUUUGCUCUAAAUGGGCCCAUUGGACACAGAGGCUCUGGCAACUCUUCUCUCUCAGUGCCCAGUCUACCGGUGCACAAGCUUCGAGCGACGGCCCUCGUGUCAGCCGAGGGAGUGUGUGAAAGCGUUCUCUUUGGACUGCCUCAAGUGCUGAAACCAACCGCCUGCUGGAAACUGGACUGGGAGGAUCUAGAAACUAACCAGCAGCUAUUCUGUGCCCUCUGUCAACAUCUCAGAGACAAGAAUCAAAUGCUGGUGGCCAAAGCUGAUAUCUCAAGCUCCCUCCUCUCCCCUCAUUUCCUGAUUCUCCCGUCAACGUCUCAGUCGCUGCUCAUUAAGUCUCUGGCCGUCAACGAGCUGGUGUUACCCGUGGAGCCACCCACAGCUGUGGAGCUGCCCAGCAGUGCCGUGCAACAGUUUGUAACCAACGCACUGGACCAACUGGAGACCUACGACACUUACAACCCUCUAAUGUCUCCCUGUGGUCUGUACGAGAGUCUAACCCAGUCUAAGAGAGGUCCAGGUGUGGCCCAGAGAGGCCCAGGGGGUGUGGUCCAGAGAGCCCCGCCUAACCCACCCAGCAGAGCCAGGAACUCCACUCUAGGCACUAGGAGGAGCUACAGUAACAAGAAGGGACUAGGAUUCUGAUCCCAUAUAACUAUGCUUAUGUCCUUUAAUCAGAUCAUGCAUAAUUGCUAUAGGUACGUUAAUCAACUUCAACAAUGUAACCCCUCUCACAUUUUUAUGAUCAUCAAACUUACAUGUAAAUUAUGUGUCAUCAUAAUCACUGCUUCAAGUCAUUCAUCAAGUUCAUAUAAAUAGAACAUGAUUGAGGAACAAGUGUACAAAAA